AUGUCUGAAUUUUAUCCACGUUCUGUGAUAUCAAAUGAAUUUGGUGAUGAUUCAAUUAGUGUAGAUGGAUAUUGGAAACAUAAUUUAUUAGUUUUACAAGAAAAGGCUCCUAAACCUAUAUGUAUUCCUUGUAAAAAAUUUAUAGCAAAUAGACCUAAACAAUAUGGGCAUGAAUAUCAUGGGUUGAUUGAAAGAAAAGAAGCUGAAAAAUUGCUUCGUGAAUCUGGUGAAGGAUCAUAUCUUGUUCGGGCAUCUAAACGAUCAGCUAAUGCCAACACUUUAUGUGAAAAAAGAUUUGAAACUCUUGAAUUAAUGGUAGCUGAUGGUUUGAUAUCAAUGUUUUUAGAAAAAAAUGCCUCUGAAUAUAUUAGAAAGAUGGCUGAAGAAGCUGUUUAUGAACAUAGUCCAUAUUUAAUAUAUCAAAGAGCUGCCAAUAAUAUUUCAUCAGAUGGACCUGUUUUAGAGGAUGAUUUCACAAAUAGGCCACAUAAUUUUUCAAGUUUUACAUUUAAAAUGCCUCAUUACUGUGAUUAUUGUAGAAAUUUUAUGUGGGGAUUAGUACAACAAGGAGUUAAAUGUAAUGAUUGUGGUUUUGCUGCACAUAAAAAAUGUAGUGAACAUGCUUAUCAUGAUUGUAGACCAGAAGCAAAAUAUGUUAAAAGGAUGUUUGCUGUAGAUUUAACAACAUUAUGUUUAGCACAUAAUGUUUCAAUAGCACCGGUUUUUAAACAAUGUAUUGAUGAAGUGGAGAGACGUGGUCUCCAUAUAGAAGGAAUAUAUCGUGUUUCAGCUUCUCAUGAACAAAUGGAUAGAUUAAGGAAGCAAUAUGAUACAAAUCCAAAUUCAGUAAAUUUAAGUGAAGUUGAUGAUAUACACACAGUGGCAGGGUUAUUAAAAUUAUAUUUACGGUUAUUGCCACAACAAUUAGUACCAUUUUCUAACUUUCAAAUGCUUUGUGAUGCCUAUAGUAUGUCACAAAAUCCUUCAGAAAGAGCAUUACAUAUCAAAAAAGCAUUAACCAAAUUAGAGAAAUGGAAUUGUUACACAUUAGAUGCUCUACUUAAUCAUCUAAGAAGGGUAGCAGAAUAUUCAAAUAAGAAUAAAAUGAAUGUUGCAAAUAUUGCUACAAUAUUUGCCCCAACUGUUUUUUGUGCUGGAAGUGUGCCAUCAUUACCACAACAUCAACAUUUAUUGCUGGAUUUUCUAAUUAAAACACCAGGAGUUAUUCCAUAUGUUUAA